GACUCCAUUGUCCAGCUAUGCUCUAUGUUAUUCUUCCAAUACAUGUUAUCUAAUCACCCAAUUAAUUGCGUGUUUAUGGUACAAGUAAUAUAUAUGCACUCUCUUCAACAUUGGAAUUAAUUUUGUGCAUUUGACAGGUAUUUGCUCAAGCCUGUUACUCUUCAAAGUGCUCUGGAAAUACGUUUGCUUUGGUUAAGGCUGAAUGUGCUUCGUUAUUACAUGCAUCAUGCAUUAUUCAUCACCUUGCCAGAUGGCCUGUUUCUUGUUACCAUACGUAUUCAGCAUUUGUUCAUAUUAAAACCAAGAAGCACAUAAUGUUCAAACAUUCAAUACAGGUAUUUCUCUGUUAGUUUCCACGAAAGAGUCAAGGAAAGUGGCGUGAAAAGAUCUUUUUGAGCUUCAUUUUAAGAUCAAGUUUCCGACUCUGAAAAAAUAGAUACCGGCAGCUGCGGCGGAUAUAGCCCGGUUUUACUUUUCAAAAUAAUCGUUACACGUUUGCUGUGAUUUGUCAGUAUUACUGUAAAUGUAACAUCAAAUAAAGCUUGAGGUUAUUCUUUGUGUGGCCGUAAACAAAAUCAAAAAAACCGCUUUGCGUGGCCGUCUAAUUUGUGCUAGUUGCUGUCUAGCCGUUAAGCAUCGGGAGCUACUAACAUUUUUUUAGCGGGUCGUAAUCAACCAAAAAGUCCACCUAUGGAUAUUUUAAUGAUUAUUUCUGUCGGUAUCAGUAACAAUACACUUGGAAUUUGCGCUGAGACGUUGCUAUUUUGCCGCUUUGGAAUCCUCUGCAAAACUUUUAUUUCGGCGGAUCGAUGUGGAAUUUCUGUUAAACGAUUUCUUGUGACUUGACGAUUGUGGAUUUUUUUUUCUUCUCUUUUUCUUCCAGUGGGAGUGUGAAGUUUUUUGGGAAGGAGGAAAAGUUCGCUUGGAAACUUGAGGACAUGCGGCGGCGUCCUCGGCGAACUUCGAACAGCAAGAACGAGAAUGAAGUGACUCACUUUGGGUCCACAUAGAGUAAAGAUGCGAGCCGCCGCCGCCACAUCGCUGCUCGUGGUGCUCUCUGUUGUCCACCUGCACCUCGGCUGCUGUGGUUAUCGGGACGAGCGUCGCAUUGACGGGAAAGACGAUGUAGAGAACGACACCGCGGCGGCGAAGGGUGCCAGGAAGCAGCCGCACAUCAUCUUCAUCCUCAUCGACGAUCAGGGCUUCAACGACAUCGGCUACCACAACCCCAGCAUCAAGACACCCACGUUGGACAAGUUGGCGGCGGAGGGCGUUAAACUGGAGAACUACUACGUCCAGCCCAUCUGCACGCCUUCACGCAGCCAGCUACUCACCGGCAGGUACCAGAUCCACACGGGUCUCCAGCACUCUAUCAUUAGGCCAAGCCAGCCCAGUUGCCUACCCCCCCACUUGGACACGCUCCCGCAAAGGCUGCGACAGGCCGGCUACGCCACGCACAUGGUGGGGAAGUGGCAUCUCGGAUUCUACACGAAGGCGUGCCUGCCCACCAGAAAAGGAUUCGACUCCUUCUUUGGAUCCCUCACAGGAAGCGUGGACUACUACAGUUACGGGUCGUGCGACGGCCCAGGCUUGUGCGGUUACGACCUCCACGACAACGAGAGCGUGGCCUGGGGUCACGAGGGCAAAUACUCCACCACACUCUUCACGCAGCGAGCUCGCAAGAUCCUCCAGAGUCAUGAUCCCACACGCCAACCAAUCUUCCUGCUCCUUUCCCUGCAGGCUGUGCACACGCCGCUGCAGCCGCCCAAGUCGUACAUCUACCCGUACCGCGGCAUGGCCGAUGUGGCGCGACGCAAGUUCGCCGCCAUGGUGUCAACGGUGGACGAGGCGGUGCGCAACGUCACCUACGCGCUGCGCAAGUCAGGCUUGUACCGCGACAGCGUCAUCGUCUACUCCACCGACAACGGUGCGCAGCCCUUCACGGGCGGGAGCAACUGGCCGCUUCGGGGGCGAAAGGGUACGUACUGGGAGGGAGGUAUCCGCGGCGUGGCGUUUGUGCACAGCCCGUUGCUUCGGCGGCGGAGGCGUGUGUCAAACGCUCUCGUUCACAUCACCGACUGGUUCCCGACCUUGCUAGGGCUCGCUGGAGGAAACGUCAGCCAGAGCCAAGGUCUGGACGGCUUUGACGUCUGGGGCGCCAUCAGUGAAGGCAAAGUGUCUCCUCGCCAGGAGAUCCUGCACAACAUUGACCCUCUGCACAAGGCCCCCACGCCCGCCCGCGGUGGGGAUGUGCCACGCGGAGCCAAAGGAUUCAAGAAGCCCAAGAAGAAGAAGCAAAAGAAAAAGAAGAAACUCCUGAAGCAAAGGCCCAAGCAAAAGUCUGCAUUCAAGUCAUCAAAGUCCAGAGCCACAAAGUUGUACUCCAAGCUCAAAGGCCGCCCGGACCGGUCCAUUGCUCGCUCGUCCAAGUCCAGAAGGACGACAUAUCCAGAGCACAACCUGUCAUGGCCCGAGCGCAAGCUCCAGUCACGCGUCAAGGCCAAACGCUCUCCUCAGCCUGCAGAUGGCAGCAACGAGCUCUUGGAGUUGCCCAUGUGGGACACCUCGGUCCAGGCGGCCAUCAGGGUCGGAGACUGGAAACUGCUUACCGGAGACCCCGGACAUGGAGAGUGGGUCCCGCCGCAGGUCCUGCCGACACUGGCGGGCCGCUGGUGGAACUUGGAGCGAGCGCUGCCAUCACUCCGGAGCCAAAACGGCAGUGAGGGGGUCAAAAACAUUUGGCUCUUCAACAUUAGCGCCGACCCAUAUGAGCGCUGCGACCUUUCCCGCCAGCGCCCGGAGGUGGUGCGCCACCUACUGGCACGCCUCGCCCACUACAACCGCACCGCCGUGCCUGUCCACUUCCCGCCCGAUGACCCGCGCGCCCACCCUGACCGACACGGUGGCGCCUGGGUGCCGUGGAUUGAUCAAAUCCAGGAACGAGACCUAGAUCAAGACCAGGACCGAGCUAAGACGUAUCAACAGAAGGUCCAGCAGAAGAACAAAAAAUGCAGACUGUGCAAGCUCAAGGCGUUCUUCCACAAACUCAACACCAGGAUCAUGUCCAGUCGCAUUUGAUCCAUAUUACAACAGCAAUUACAAUAAGACAACAUGUAGGGAAAAUACAGUGACUAAAUUCGGACCAAUCCCCCCCCCCCCUGAAAAAUAGUAACAGUAUUGUCAAUGUACUUUUUCUUGAAAACAUUUUUACUAAAUUGUUUCUCAAACAUAAAGCAUAAAAAAAUUCCAUUAAGUUCAAAUAUAAAAGAAUUUGUCUCUGAAAAUAUACAUUUUUAAUCAAGAAGUACUGUUUUUUUCUUCUCCCUCAUAAAUCACUUGUACAAUUUUUUUGCUCAUAAUACUAUUGGUUCUCAACGACUUUUUCCACAUGUAUUUUGCUACUUUGUUCAUCAAACGCAGGCUGAGUGUUGAGUAGUUAACAUUUAAAUCAGGCUGCACACUUUUUGGAUGAAUCCUAAAUGUUCCUAUUUUAAGUCGAACAGAUGACUGGUCUUUUUUAGAUUUGUGACACACCUUCUGAAAUGUGGAUUGUUUACCACACUAUAUUCUUUCUAUUGUGUUGUGAGCGACAAACAUUUGUUUCAUUGUCAUUCGCAAACAUUGUGCUUUUUAAAGAAAUAUCUUCAUCCACAAGUAUUUAUUGUCCUGACAAGUACUGUUUUCAGUACUUUUUACAAUACUGUUGCCAUCGGGUGAUGUCGGUGUAAAAUGUCUAUUAAACAUGCCUGCCCCCACCCAA